GCUGUCAAAUGCAGCACACUGUCCAUCAAAUCUAGCCAUUGUGCUGCUAGAGCUAAUAAGCUAACGUGGGUAGUGCAGCGUUGUAAUAGCUAGCUAUAGUAGCAUUCAACUUAAUUGGAUGUCUUUAGCAUGGUGGUAUUAUCUGCCAGUAACGUUGUAUUUACGGUAGAUGAUACUCUUACAGUAAAUGGAGAACGGAGACUACAAGUGUCUGCUGUUUAAUUAAUGUGUAUAGUUUACUGGCAGCCAUCAUUGAUAGCGUUAGAUGACAGCUAGCUAAUGCUGGCUAAAUUUUGCUAGGCUUUCACAUCACCAGCAGGCAGGCGUUGUCACACUUGCUAGCGGUUAACGUGAAGAUCUUGCAUAGUUAUCUGUAGUAAUUUGUAUUAAAUUGCAUUUUCAAACGGCCAUUCAGUCGCCGACAGCUUUGCUAUCUUUGGUGGAAUCAUGGAUAAGGCGGAUUUCUUGAAAGGUCUCCCGGUUUACAAUAAAAGUAAUUUCAGCAGGUUCCAUGCGGACUCAGUGUGCAAAGCAUCUAACAGAAGACCGUCGGUGUAUCUCCCCACCCGCGAAUACCCCUCAGAGCAGAUUAUUGUUACUGAGAAAACAAACAUUCUCCUGCGCUACCUUCACCAACAGUGGGACAAAAAGAACGCUGCAAAGAAGAGGGAACAGGAGCAGGGGGAGGGGGGAAGUCCGGCUCCCCCCAGGAAAAUAGCCCGAACAGAUAGCCAAGAGAUGAACGAGGACUCAUAAGGGUGUGUAUGUGUGUGUGGUGUGUGUGGUGGGUGGGUGUGUGUGUGUGUGUGGGUGUGUAUGUGUGUGUGUGUGUGUGUGACAUCCACCAAGAUGACUCUUAGUGGACCGACAGGCACAGACGAAGACGGAAUAUACACCACUUGGAAGAAUUUUAAAUUACAUGCAGCGCUAAUACAAUGCAUUGUUAGGUUAAAGAGAACCUUAUUGGGGACAAUGAAGCAAGUUUUUGUUACCUUUUUUUUUUUUUUUUUUACCUUUUUUGGUGUUACUUUUGGGCAAAGAGCUUCCUGCGAGCUUCUUCUCAGCAUCACUGCCCAAACUCGACCACAUAAGGAGGCCUCAACACGUCUUCAACACCCCCACCAUUGGCUUCACCUGAACCCAGGACCCCGGAAGCAUGGUCUGCACCACCCCCUGUACACGCUUAUUAGGGUUCUUUAUGCAUAUCGUACAUUCUGAUUUGAAAGUGUCUGUGAGUGUUAAGUCUGUGGUUUAACGUUGUGCUGGUUUUAUUUAGAUGUUUGUAAAUGAGUAUUGCCCCCUGCUGGCCAAUAGCAAAAUAGACCGAACUGCUUGCUUCUCUAAAAACAUUGGAUCCUUGGGAGAGAGAAAAAAAAAAAACGUUUGAGUCAUGGCAAGCUGAUAUGUGUAUUAAUUAGACACGUGUAUUAAGUCGAGUACCAGUCAAAUUGUACACUUAGCAAAUUAGUUAUGUUUGUCUAUGUAAAGAUUUGAACUUGCACAACUAGCCUAACUGAUAGUACAAGUAGCAUUGAGCAGGAUGUCAGGGUUGGAACGAAUGUAUUCAUAAAAACCUCCUGUAUAUAAACCAUUGGCAGCCCUAGGAUAGUGACUUCAUAUUUAAUACGACAUUGUAUUGGCCUUUUUCUGAAGAUAAAUGUACGUGGCUAUAACAGACAUUGUUGUACAGGUGAAGAGAGAAAGCACUAAAUCCCAGAGAUGGAGGUUACCCAGCCCUCCAUGUCUGACCGGCUGGCAAGCUGGUGUUUGGAGUUGUCUGGGACGUCAGAAAGACCACCCGCCAUUGAAUGCACAAAUAGCAUGCACAGUGAGGUGCAGCUGCCAUCUUGCCUUGUUUCCACACCUGCAGACCGAGUUUGCCCCCGCCGCGCAGAGUCCAGUGAGACCUUUUCGUUUACGCUGCUCAACAAUAUCACAGCGAGCCUAGUCCUUUCAUUCAACCGUAGUUGCUGCGAUGUGGGUUGACUGUGUGGUCGGUUACCUUCCUUAGCAACGUGCCACACUGUCUGGCUUCGAGGCAGUAAUAUAGCUUCUGUUUUAGACUGUUCCCACACCUUGCGCCUUUCUCUGUCGUGCGUCAGGUCAAUGUAGUACUAAUACGGCUUCGCUCCAAUGAAAUGUGAUGGAAAAGUCAGCUUUUGUUGUGAUACAAAAUAAAAUGUACUUGAACCUUU